GUGAACUGCAAAUUGGCAAUUGAACCAACUCAAACCCCCCCAAAUCUCAAUCCACCUCAGCCCACCAAACAACCGACUGCACAUAACAAACACUCACUUCAACUAACCUACCGAGUAGCUCCCCCGAAAGCGCCCGAUUUAAAAAAAGUCUUCCGCUACUACCCGCCCGGCCAGUGAAUCGGGUCCGUUCUACCUGACUAAACUAAAGCGCAAUACACUCCAAGGACCAUUUUUCCCAUAGGUCCCCUUAAAAAAAAAAGAAGGGCUUCUCUCGGCAGCGUGCUUUCGAUUGUGUUUUUUCUUUUUUCUCCCACAUGAGUCUCGAACACUCGCCCGUCAACUUCGCGCAGCCAAACGAUGUGACGGGACGCAAUUCAGAAACGAACAACUACAUGCCCGGAAGCGAACAUGCGGGCCUCUCUCCCGCCAUCGUCGAGUCGAUUGCCGGCCUCAGCGCCGGGACGGUAGCGACGUUGGUGGUGCAUCCGCUGGACAUUGUCAAGACUCGCAUGCAGAUCAGCACCAGCGCCGCCAGCGCCGCCUCGCACGACCUCUCCGCCGUCGCCAUGCUGCGAUCCCUCACAAACAGCCCCAACCCGUUCGCCUCGCUCUACCGCGGCCUCGUGCCGAACCUCUCCGGCAACGCCCUCAGCUGGGCCUCCUUCUUCUUCUUCAAAAGCCGCUUCGAGGACCUCCUCACCCUGGCCCGCGGCUCCGAGCGCCCGACGCCGUCCGACUACUUCGUCGCCAGCGCCCUCGGCGGCGCCGCCACGUCCGUCCUGUCCAACCCGAUCUGGGUCGUCAAGACGCGCAUGCUGGCCUCGGACAAGGGCGCAAAGGGCGCCUACCCGUCCAUGUGGUCCGGCUUCCGCACAAUCUACGCCACCGAGGGCGUCCGCGGCCUGUACCGCGGCCUGGGCGUCUCCAUGAUCGGCGUGUCGCACGGCGCCGUGCAGUUCGCCGUGUACGAGCCGGCCAAGCGCUUCUACUUUGCGCGCCGCAAGAGGCUGGGCGUCGACAACGGCCGCAUGACCACCGAGGCCACCGUCGUCAUCUCCUCGGCCUCCAAGCUCAUCGCCGGCGCCGUCACGUAUCCCUACCAGGUCCUCCGGAGCAGGCUGCAGGUCUACAAGGCUGACGAGAAGUUCGGCAAGGGCUUCAGGGGCGUUGUGAGGAUGACGUGGAGGGAGGAAGGCAUUCGCGGCUUUUAUCGCGGCUUGAUUCCGGGUGUCGUUCGAGUUAUGCCGUCGACGUGGGUGACCUUCUUGGUCUACGAGAAUGUGCGGUUCUAUCUUCCUCGUUGGCUCUCCUAAUGCUUCGAAUUCGACAUUGAUACGGCGAAAAUACCUUUCUUCUUCUUCUUCUUCUUCUUCUUCUUCUUUUUCCUCUUCUUUUUCCUCUCUUCUUCUUUAUUUCCUCGAGCUGCGUCAGUGACAGCAGUUAUGGUUAAUCAGCAUUUUCUUUUCUUAUCUUUUCUUAUUACAGAAGCAUAUUUUGGCGUUCCAAGAAGGAGAGAGCAAUUCAUAUAAAGCACAGAUCGGGAGAUAGAUGUAUGAGCAAAACAAGAGAGUAGUUAAUAAUGUGAAUAGACGU